GCAAGCGGUCGAUAAAUCGGAAAAGUCUCCUCCUUUGGCCACCCUUGGGGCUAGGAGCUCUACUCGGUUCCAAAAGUCACCAGUUUGUGUGGAUUUAAUUUGCCUUUGUGUCUGGUUGCUGUUCUGAAUUAGAUUGACCUGGGCACAUUACAGGCUUUGAUUAAGUGCUGCUGAAGAUAUCAUUCAGAAUAGUUAUGCCUUCUGGUUAAAGGAAAAUACGUGUUUGACAGAACUUGUAGUGAAAGGAAAUGUGAAUUUCCAGAUCCUUUGUUGUUAGUGUGAGUGCUUGAAAGUAACUGUGGGGUAUUGGAGUUAAAUUAUUAGAGGGCAGAAAAGUCCAUAUGUGUGUCCGUCAGAUUUGAUACUGAAAUCGAUGAACUAAACUACAGUGUAUUGAACCAACUUGUCCAUUGGAGGAUCCACUUCAAUGAUACGGUAGGAAAAAGUUUUAGAAGUCUGCUGCUUAUCCUUACCAGUGGACAUAAAGCUAAGUGAAAUCGCCUGUUGUGGUGAGUGAGACAUUCAUCGUAUGUGUGUUGGGGAGCUUUGUGGAGGAGCGAAGAGAAAACAGCUAGAUAUCUCUGUCCCACGUGAGCCGUUUGCGAGGACCUAAUCAGCUGUCAGCCUGGGACGUGUUUUGCAGCAUCCCAACGAACGUGGAAAACUGUUUUCCUUUUAUGCUUCGGUGUUGGUAGAUAUCAGUGCAAAAGUGGUGGUGCAGGUGUUUGGUUUAUUGUCAGAAGCCAGAGUUUGGUAAAAAUACUACAAAUUGGAGACAACAAACCUACCGAAGGGAGGCCAGUGUGAUUUCGGGAGCAUUAUGUAUUGUUCCGUUCCAUGAAAACCCCCAUUUCACUUCGCCUGGGUGGGUGGCAAGGAAAUGUAUUGCGUGUGAGUUUGUUUUAAGUCGCCGAGUGAAAUGUAAGCACUGAUUUUAUUUUUCGAACGUUUAUUGCUGCUGCUGCUGAAACGAGGUGUUAUUACUCACGCUUGAGAAGAAAACUCAAUUCGAGUGGUUUUUAAUGUCGCGGCAAGAUUGUUGCAUUGUGAGACGUACCUACCGAGCUAAGCAUAAUUAAUAGUGUGAAGCAUAGUGCACGCUGAAGUUGAUUGCAGUGGAAUAAAAACGUGCACAAAUAGUUGAACUUAAGCAAGGGGUGGAACUGUGUUUUGUCAGCAUCGCGCACCUUAACCCUCAACGAAAAAGCUGUAGAAAUGCACCAAGCUCUUAUCUUCAUCGCCUAUAAAAGGAUUUAGAAAAAUUUCGGUUCACAGUCGGAGCAAAAUUGAUACUCGACGAUUGUGGGGCGGCUCGUUCUGGAGGUUCAAGAUUGUUUCUUCAGCUAUUAGCCACAAGCGUCUUGAUUCGGAGCACACCUAAUUCGUGACAGUGACGAAAGGAAGCCAAGCUAAAGAAAACCUAGAAGAAGGCAUUAAAUCCCAAAAGGUCUCUUAUCACCCUCGUGGCAACGUCGUCGACUUCUGGUCUACACAUUCAGAACAGGAAAGUGAUCAGCGGAGAAUGCAAACACAGCCAAAAUUAUAGCCAAACACAUUAUAGGCUUGUCGAUAUCGAUGCGUGGCUUUCGUUCGGCAUAGGACGAAGAAAACGGUGACCGGACGGUGGUCAAGUGCACUCUCAAACAGUCAACUGGCCGUGACCACUAGGGAAGCAUUCGUGUGGGGGAAAUCAAUUUGGUUUUGUUUUGCUUUUGGUUUUCGGAUGUGUAAAUAACGUGCGAUAAAUCGACAGUGUUUUCCGAAGCUACUGCUGGGUGUGAAAAUGUAAAUCGUGAGGGGAGGCAAAUAUUUGUGGCGAUCAAUUUGAUCGAUUUAGUGAGAUUGGGAGCUGGGAAAGUGUGUUAAAGUCGGUGGAGGUUUUAGUGCUAAUUACCAUCGAAAAGUGUUCCAGGAGCACCUAAGAAUCAACUACCGGCAGCAAAAUGACGGAAGCCGACAACUAUGAUGACGAGCUGGUUUCGGCAAAUCCUAAUCAACGCAACUGGCGCGGAAUUUUAAUCGCAUUACUCGUAAUCAUCAUCGUUCUGGCGCUGAUUGUGACAUCUGUGGUACUUCUCACACCACCGGAUGAAGGACCCCGGGUGAAAGGACAAAGAAUCAAGCUGCAGGAUAUAAUCGAUGGGGAAUAUGCUCCCAAGAAGCUCAACGGAAGCUGGAUUGGACCGGAUGAAUUCCUAUACCAGAACCACUGGGGAGAAAUAAGCUUGCUCAAUAUGAACAAUCUGUCGGAACGGAUACUGAUGUCCAAUACAACAGUGAAAACACUGGCACCGGCCAAAUUUUCUAUUUCGGCAGAUCGGAAGUUUCUGCUGCUGGCUCAAAACGUGAAGAAACUUUUUCGUCACUCCUUUCUUGCGCAAUACACCAUCUUUGAUGUCACGACCAGCGAAACGAUCCAGCUAACACUGAAGGCAGACAGUGACGAGUGGCCGUAUCUGCUGCAUGCGGAGUUCACCCCCAAGGGCCAGGCGAUAGUCCUGGUGCACAUGUACGACAUCUACUACAAACCGUCGGCACGAGCCACCCAAACGUAUCGGCUCACGAAAACCGCCAUCCCGGGCAUUAUCUACAACGGCGUUCCGGAUUGGCUUUAUGAGGAGGAAAUCCUGCAAAGCAACAAGGCCAUUUGGCUUUCGAACGACGGCCACCUGAUGCUGUACAGCACCUUCAACGAUUCUCUGGUGCAGGAGCAACAGUUCUCCUGGUACGGCAUGACCGACGGCGAUAUCAAUCUUUAUCCGGAGAUCCGCUCGUUAAGGUAUCCCAAGCCGGGAACGAAGAAUCCAACCGUAACGCUGAAAGUCGCCGAUUUGGCAGAUCCCAAGAGCAUACGAACUAGAGACAUAACGCCACCGCCAAUCCUCGUGAAUCAGGAACACUACUUCACCAGUGCAGCCUGGGUGUCCCAGACCGAGGUCAGUGUCGUUUGGAUGAACCGACUGCAAAAUCUCUCGGUCGUAACGCUGUGCAAAAGUCCGAUGUGGUACUGUCAAGAGACUCACCGCAUCAGUGGCGACGGCCGAGGAUGGGUCGACGAAAUGUCGGUUCCGUUCUUCAGCCAAAACGGAAGCUCCUACAUAGCCAUUUCGCCGCUCAGAGAUGGAACGGCAGGACACUUCCGACAUCUCGUUCAUCUUCACAUCGGCAAAAAGCGAAUUAUUCCGCUGACGCAUGGCCAUUUCGAGGUGAACAAAAUACUGCACUGGGACCAAACCAACAAUUUCGUAUAUUAUCUGGGUAUUCCGGAGCACUCGCCUGGACAGCAACAUUUGUAUCGAGCAUCAUCACUGCCACCGAAACAGGGUACUCCCCCUCGUCUCCCUCGAUGUCUGACAUGUAGCCAUCCGCCCAGUGGCCAAGAUCAUGUCAGCAAAGUGAAAGCAUCCAAUCGUGUACAGCAACAGUGGAAUGACGACUGGGAGGACGAACAUUUGGACGAGAUGGAAGAGGAUGACUACAUUGAUAUUCCUGCCACAACUCCAUCCCCAAAGAAGAAGCGACAAUCAGAAGAGCCACCAAGCCCUCCGAUGCCCUGUCAGUACUUUACUGCGACCUUCGCUCCGAACAGUAAUGAAUUUGCCCUUAUCGAGUGUCUGGGACCCGUUAUACCAUUCAGUGCCAUCUACCGAAUCCACGUGGAUCCCACCAAGAGUCCCACGCAGGUUUUGUACUUCCUGCAAAACAAUACAGCCCUGGCGGAAAAGAUUUCCAGAGUGGCGCUGCCACAGGUGAAAUCCUUCCCCGUUAUGAUUUCCGGCGGAUACCACGCUCAGGUGCGACUGUUCCUGCCGCCGGGGCUGCGGGAAGAUGAAAUCACACGGUACCCGAUGGUUGUGCAUGUCUACUCGGGCCCGGGAACGCAACUCGUGACGGAUAAGUGGCGCAUCGACUGGAACACGUAUCUCGCUGGCACGAAGGACUACAUCGUUACCCAGAUCGACGGGCGGGGCUCCAGCGGUCAGGGAUAUCAACUUCUGUAUGAGGUGUACCGCAGGCUCGGCACCGUGGAAGUUUCCGACCAGCUGGAGGUCGCCGAGUAUUUGCGGGACAGUUUGCACUUUGUUGAUAAACGACGGGUGGGCAUUUGGGGUUGGAGUUACGGUGGUUACACGGCGGCCUUGGCCAUGGCGAGCCCCACCUCGCUGUUCCAGUGUGGUAUCAGCGUUGCACCAGUCACUAAUUGGAAACUUUACGACUCGACGUACACGGAACGCUACAUGGGUCUACCAAACGUGACGGACAACUACAAGGGCUACGAGGAUAGCGAUUUAUCAAAACACGCUGAAAAGCUGCGUGAUAAGCAAUUUCUUAUGGUUCACGGCACGGCCGACGAUAAUGUGCACUUGCAGCAGACGAUGGUUUUCUCGAAAGAGCUGUCGGCGAAAGGGGCACUGUAUAAGCAGCUGAUCUAUCCGGACGAGGGCCAUAAUCUGAGUGGCGUGAAAAAGCAUCUCUACCGAUCGAUGACGAUAUUCCUAGAGGAGUGCUUUCGGAAGUUGGUUCCGCAGGAGGUGAAAGCAGGCCUCGCCAACGGUGGCUCGAGUGAUUAAUAUUUGCUCGACUACUUCGGUGACACUGACUCAGCAUCAAGUUUUAUGUAAAAGUUUCUUCCUACUUCUUCGAACAGACUUACAAUUCGCAGUUUCUCAGCAGCGCCGCCGUUAACUUUCGCGCUGUCUGAUGGUAGGCGUUUCUUCGUAAUAGAGCCACGGUUCCAUGUCUUUCUCUGAUUCAAUCUCGUUAGUAGUGCCCGAGCUUUGCGCCCCCUCCUCGGUGGGACGGUGUACGCGUAGGAUUAACCGUGGAACCGUGGAGUAGUGUUUUUACAAACGUUAUCACAACUGACGAGUUUGGUAGAAACGAAUACUCGUCCAUUAGAGAACUCCGCCUUGAGGGACAGAUGAAACAAACAAAAAUCGUAGGAAACUUUAUCAGUAAACUUGUAGCCGACUUGAACGUCUAGUUCAAAAUAGUCACGUAGUGUUAUCGGGAGUAAUCAACUUACAACACUUCAAUAAAACACACAUCAAAGCAAUUACUAAUUAGAUGCAAAGCGAGAAUAAAAUCAAGAACAAAAUAUGGUUGUGACACAUUCAGAGGGGAUACAGCGGGAACUGGUUCUGCUGUACAGGAUCAUCCCCGUUACAGUAAGUAUCUGCGCUUGGGUCUUACUCGAUAGAUCGAGCUGGUGGCAGUGUACAGACGAUUAUUAUAAAUAUUCGUAUUAAAAACUUGCUCAAUAAUCGGGUAGGCGAUGGAAGGUGGUGAUUGAAACAGAGUAUCAGCACUUCUAAUUAUUAAAACUAGAAAAUCAAUAUACAUACAAUUUUACUUUCAAACUUAUCCUAAUCCUCAGUUACGAACAUUGAACAACUGUUGUACGUACAAACUUCAAUACCUCCUACGUUCAACACCUAUAUUUUCAAUAUAUAUAUUUUUCGAUCAUGUUCGACCAAACGUCAAAGAUCCGUUUUAUGAAAUGUCAAAAGUUAUUUUAUUGCGUGAAACAGUAAAUUUUUAAAUUAUUAGUUACUUUAUUCAUAAACUCAAUACUGUAAAUUUUAUAACAUGAUAAAUGCACUGCAUUAAAGAGCUUUCGAGGGCAUAUAUUAGUAAAAAAUAUUGUUUUUAGUUUUGUAACAUUUUUAGCAAGCAUGAUUCUUUUAUGUUUUGAUAGCCACUUGCCAAUCAAUUUAAAAUAACAUCAUAAAGUCAUAAUCCAAUAUCAAACCAUAAAAAACUUCUGAUUUGAUUAUCUGAUUUAAUUGAACAAAACAAAAAAUGAAUUAGUAUCACACGGAUUUUGCGGCGCAUCACUCGCGUAAUGAAUAUUGCCUAAUAUUACAUUGAUUUUUUUUUUUUUGUAAAAACAAGUGUGUACGUAAUUUUAUCUAUGAUAUUGCAAUAUUUCUAAUGCAAUUUUGCACCAUACUCACAACGCGAAAGAUGUACAGCGGAAACGACUUGAUUUGACUAUUUUUUCUGCUGUCAAAGUUGUUAUAAUUCAAUGGUAAUUACUCGACCACAUCUUACUAGUACAAUAAUAAUGAACUGCAUUUCGUGUUUCCAUAACUGAAUUUUGUUUCAAUCGCCACUUGCUGACCUACAAAAUAGAGCUUAAAACCACCAAACCAUCAUCGUCAUUUGCCAAAUCAUCCGAAGCGAAAAGAUGAUAAUCAUAAUCUGAAAAGCGUGGCAAACGAAGCGUGGGAUAAUAAAUCUGUUUUCAUUUGGUCGGAAAAUAAUUUAAUCCUUUCAACACUCACUCCUAGUCAUACGCGCCGCGACAAACGAUGAAUCCAAUCUCAUACCAGCCCACAAAUGUAGAAUCUAAAUUGUAAAUAUAGACAUGUGAUAUAGGCUAUAUCUUGAAAGUAAUACUCACAGCAGCCAGCGUCAAAUGUAAGUCUUCGAAUUACAUUCAGGAUUCCGUUGGUGAAAGUCGCAAGACUGCCCGAGGACGCGAGAUGCGACCAAUGUAUAAAGAAGAAAAGCAU